GAUAAGCAUGGCAGCAAUUUACAUGCCAGCAGCUAAAUACCGACUGGAUGGAUUGAUAAAGAUCGUAGCGGUAAAGAGAUAAGCGAUAGAUCCGCUGAAACGGCAGUGCAGAAAAAGCAGAAGUGCGAUCACGGAUGUGGGUUGCAUUUCGACUCCUGUCUUCAAACUUGCUGCCUACCGGGGUUUUCGAUUUAGUAUACGGCCUGCGGCAGCAAUGAACCCGGAGGAGCAGACCGUGACCUGGCUCAUCUCAUUAGGCGUGCUUAAUUCUCCGAAAAAGAACGUCGCGGAUCCAGAGGAAUUUCUGAAAGGGUCCCUUAAGGAUGGAGUUGUCCUCUGUAAGCUUAUGGAGCGACUGCUGCCUGGGUCAGUCCAAAAGUUCUGCCAGGAUCCAAGAACCGAAGCUGACUGUCUUGCCAACAUACGAGAGUUUUUAAAAGGAUGCACAGCUCUGAAAAUUGAGGGUUUUGAACCAGAGGACCUGUACACGGGGGAGAACUUUGACAAGAUCCUGACCACUUUGUUGGCAGUGAACAUCGCCACUCAAGAUUGCAUCAGUGAGAGGUCAUGUCCCCAGCAGACUGCUGCUGCACCUAGCCGGUCGUCCUCCUCAAACGCACUGUCCUCUUCCAAGUCUACCAGGGUCCUGCGAAGGCAGUCCAAACCUGUGGAGAUGUCGGAGAACGGCGGGGGCGGGCAGCUGGUGGUGAAGGCGCGCUUCAACUUCAAGCAGAACAACGAGGACGAGCUGUCCUUCAGCAAGGGCGAGCUGAUCUGCGUCACCCGGCAGGAGGAGGGCGGCUGGUGGGAGGGGACGCUCAACGGCAAGACCGGCUGGUUCCCCAGCAACUACGUCCGCGAGGUCAAGCCCUCCGAGAAGCCCAUGUCCCCCAAAGCUGUGAAAGGAUUUGACUUGCCCCAGCUGACGAAGAACUACUACAGCGUGGUGGUGCAGGACAUCCUGGAGCACGAGCGGGAGUUUGUGAAGGAGCUACAGACCCUGCUGAGCUGCUACCUGCGCCCCCUACAGGCGAGCGACAGGUUGUCCAGUGCGGACAGCGCGAGCUUAACGGGGAACCUGGAGGACAUCCUGACAUUUCAGCAGCACCUCUGCGUGUCUCUGGAGGAAUGCACUAAGGUGUCAGAAGGCCAGCAGCGUGUCGGUGGCUGCUACAUGAACCUGAUGGGUCAGAUCAGGACGCUGUACCUGUCCUACUGCUCCAGUCACCCCUCGGCCGUGUGCGUGCUCACUGACCACGGCGAGGAGCUGGACAAGUUCAUGGAGAGCCAGGGUGCCAGCAGCCCGGGGGUCCUGACGCUGACCACCAGCCUCAGCAGGCCCUUCAUGCGGCUGGACAAGUAUCCCACCCUGCUGCAGGAGCUGGAGAGACACAUGGAGGAAGCCCACCCAGACUACAGUGACAUCCUGAAAGCCACAGUGGCCUUCAAGAACCUUGUGACGCAGUGCCAGGACCUUCGCAAACGCAAGAACCUGGAGCUGCAGAUCAUGUCGGAGCCGGUGCGCGGCUGGGAGGGCGAGAGCAUGAAGUCUCUGGGUCACGUGGUCUGCAUGUCCCAGGUGCACGUGCAGAGCGCGGGGAGCGAGGACAAAGAGGAGCGCUACUUCCUGCUGUUUCCCAGCGUCCUCCUCAUGCUCUCUGCAAGCCCCCGUAUGAGCGGAUUCAUCUACCAGGGACGGUUACCUCUGACUGGGACAACAGUCACCAAGCAGAUAGAAGACACAGACAAUGGCCUCUUCGCCUUCGAGAUUGCAGGCAGCAUGAUAGAUCGCAUCACAGUGUUCUGCAACACCCAGCUGGAGCUGCAGGAGUGGCUGGAGCACCUGCACUCUCUGACCAAAGGAGGGAGCCCUGGAGGCACCAUCAGCAAGAGUGCCGAAGGGAAGCCUGGUAGUGGGGGGGGCACCCCCAGCCACCAGGCCCUAUCCCAGGGGUUCAGCACGCCCGCCACAACCCGAGGGCCCCUGGAGCCACCCAAAAUCAGCAAGCCCUGGUCCCUGAGCUGCCUGCGGCCCGCCCCGCCCCUCAAACCCUCGGCCGCGCUGGGCUACAAGGAGAGGAUGUCUUAUAUCCUGAAGCAGGACUCCAGCAAAAGCCCCAGACCAAUUAAGAAGUUCCUCCCGAAGCGAAAAACGGAAAGGAAGCCAUCUGAUGACGACUUCCUGCUGAGGAAAAGUACGGCAGCUCUGGAAGAAGAUGCCCAGAUCCUGAAGGUUAUUGAGGCCUACUGCACUGGGGCGAGCUUUCAGCAGGCCAGCACAGCGACGCGUAAGGAGAACACCCCGCAGGUGCUGCUACCUGAGGAGGAGAAGAUCAUCGUAGAGGAAAUGAAGAGCAACGGCCAGACCGUCAUCGAGGAAAAAAGUCUUGUUGAUGCCGUGUACGCUUUAAAAGAUGAGGUCCAUGAGCUUAAGAAGGAGAAUAAACGAAUGAAGCAGUGUCUGGAGGAGGAGCAGAAAUCCCGCAAGGAGCUGGAGAGAGUGGUGAGGAAGCUGGCCAAGCAGAAGUACGACUGCACCUGGGAGAACGGCGGCCACUAGACACCAUCCUGUCUGUGGGGGUUUGGGUGUGUGUGCGCGUGUGACUGUGUGCGUGUGAGUCUGUGUGAUUGUGUGCAUCUCCAUUUGGUGUAUGGCAAAGUCCUGAACCCGCUAGCACUUUCCAAGGGCAGUUGUCCCCCAAUGGCCCCCUGCCCCCAGCCCCU